AUGGCUUUGCUCAAACUGUCCUUGAUGGUCUUCAGCUUUAUCUUCUGGACGGCUGGUCUGACCAUGUUCACAGUUGGCAUCUGGGCAAAGAUCUCACUCGGCAGCUACCUGGAAUUGUCCACGAAUGAUUACCCCAAUACCCCCAUCAUCCUUCUCGCCACGGGAGCUGCUGUCAUCAUCUGGGGCUUUCUGGGGUGUUUCAGUGCUGCCACGGAACACAGGUGCCUUCUCAAGACAUAUGGAGUUUUCCAGAUAGUGGUCCUCAUCGGUGGAUUAUCGGCGGGGCUCUCUGGUUUGUUUUACCGUAAAGACAUAGCCGAGGGAUUCCACAAUGGUUUGAGCGCAGCCAUCCAGCUGUACGCAGAAGACGAGGAGAAGGCCAACGCUAUAGACGACAUUCAACGCACCCUGGAUUGUUGUGGGGUGGAGAGCUACAAGGACUGGGUUUCCUCUCCCUGGUCGGAAGAGCAGUUUAGAAAUGGUUCGGUGCCCCUGAGCUGUUGCACGGUGCGGAGGGGAUGUCGGAACAAUCCGGUCACCUUAGAUGCCCGGGGCAUUUAUAAGGACGGCUGUUUCAAGAAAAUUUACGAUUUUGUCAACGACAACAUGUUUCACAUUGCUACCGGGGCGCUAGGACUGGCGGUUGUACAAGUGAUCGGAAUCGUGUUGGCGUGUUUAUUGGCUUCAAGAAUCCCUCAACCCGAAGUGCAAGAAAACACAAGAAGUGGUCCGCUCUGA